CUGUGUGCGAAAGAGAACGAUAUAUACUACACAGCACCAUUGUGUAACUAGUAUAAGCUACAUUGAAUAGAAGAAGCCAGCUUGAAGUUGUUGGUGAGUGGCAUUCAUUGAAAAGAUGAAUUGUUGUGUACAGUUGUAUUUACAUAUAUACAUACAAUAUAUACAUACAUAUGUACUUACGUACGUUGUCCGGUUUGGAUGUAGCGUUUUACUUCUGGUUUAGUUGAAUGCACGCUUUCGUUCUGGCUGGAUGUAUAGUACAUCAAAUACAAAAAAAAAUGCUUAGAGAAUUUUUUCAGUGAAGAAAAUAAUAUUAACAACAACAAAAACAAAUAACUGAUUUUUAACGGAGAGUGGCGAUAAUAAUUGCAAAUGUGUAUAUAUGUAUUUAUGUAAGAAAUGUUUUGAUGAGCUUUUAAGUGCAUACAUACAUAUGUACAUAAAUUGAGGAUAUACUCGUAACAGAAACAUUUCAGCUUGUAAAAUAUGGACAGGAUGGACACAACUGCACUGAAGAACUUAUUAAACAGCUGGGGUUUACCCGAGCUGUUUCCACAAUUUCAAGACGAAAGCAUCGGCAUCGACGAACUGAAAAUGAUGAAAUGCCACCAUUUCGGCGAACUCUUACAUUCCUACAAACUGGGCACACGCAUACGCUUUGAAUAUUACUUCGAGCGUUGGCGUCGUGAUCAAAAUCGACCAUUGCUGGAUGUCAGAACACCAAAUCACUACCAACACUACACCCCCUGUUCUACGUUGACACGCACAACGCACUUACAACACGAUACCCCGUCACCGCCAUCAACAGCAGCAGCAAGUGAGGCGAUAACGGUUCAUAAAAGUGUCCAAACACGUGCUACGAAUACUGUGGCGGUGCGUUGCGUCAACGUUGCGACCAAUACGUCAGAGGUGUUAUUUAAAAUGCCGACACAGAGUAAGACACCGCCACCGCUGGCGCCCGUUAAGGAUGCGUUGCGUGAGAUGCCACAGCUGACACGUCAGCCGAGCUUGCUGGAGGACGGCAUUAUGCCGGAGCAUGCAAUGAAUGCGUCGUCAGACAUCAGCACAACAACAACAGCAACACCAACUGCAACAACAACUAGUGGUGGCGGUACACGCUUAACGCCACAAUUCCAAUUCAUCAACGACACGGACGACGAAGAAGUUGAUAACGGUCCACUAUUGCAUAUACUGAAUUCGUCGGGUUUUAAGGGUCUCUCACUGCUCGAAUACUACCAGCAGCAUCAGCAUUUUAUGAAUGUACAUCGUACGCUACUCAUACAGUUGAUAGUGAAUUUCUUCGAUAUGAAUGACUAUCAUUUGUCGCUGCGCGUCAGUCAUAAUUUGGAGCAGCAGAUAUUGCAGCUUUUCCCUACUGAAAAGUUGGAAUACUAUCGCACCGAGAAACGUGGUAAAAUCUAUGUGAAAUUCUGCAAUAUGAAGCGGUAUAAACGUGACAAGCCGCUGUUGAAGCGCAAAUGGAUGGACGAUGCGGAUGCGGGUGAAGAGUGCGGUGGUGGUGGUGGUGCGGUUGCUGCUGCUAGUGGCGGCAACGGCAAUAGGCCAACGGAACCGGAGGUUGCUAUUGAAUGUGGCGAUGAGGAUGUGGAGGAUCUGGCGCAAAGCUUUGAAUACUGGCACGCCCAACACUCGCCCCCAGGGGUACAAGUUAAGACUGAGUCGCUAAGCGAUUGUGAUUACUAAUGUUAAGCAAUGGAAAAGAUGUUGAUGUUGAUGAAGUGAUGUUUAAGUUGUUCAUAAGAUAUGUAUACAUAAAUAUGUAAGUGGUGUAUAUGUUCCUUUUGUAACGUGUGAGCUCAAUAAAAUUGAAUUAACUAGAGACGGCAUGAUUCGUGUCGAGUUAAUGAUCUUUAAGUACCUUUACUAGCUAAAGAAAA